CACUGCAGCCAGCAGAUUCAUCUGAGCGAAUCCUCUCUAGCCUUAGAGAUAACCUCAAGUUCAAAAUGGCAUUUGCUGGAAUCCUGAGCGAAGCUGACAUCACUGCAGCCCUCGCAGCUUGCCAAGCUGCCGACUCUUUCAAGCACAAGGAGUUCUUCGCCAAGGUCGGCCUGGCUGCCAAGUCUGCCGAUGACGUCAAGAAGGCCUUCGCCGUCAUUGACCAGGACAAGAGCGGCUUCAUUGAGGAGGAGGAGCUGAAACUGUUCCUGCAGAACUUCUCCGCCGGUGCCAGAGCUCUGACCGACGCUGAGACAAAGACCUUCCUGCAGGCCGGUGACUCCGACGGUGAUGGCAAGAUCGGAGUUGAUGAGUUUGCCGCCAUGAUCAAGGGUUAAACGGACAAACUGACCAACAUCUGACUUCACUUCUCUAAAGGAACAACUUGAGCCAAGACAUACUCUCUUCUUCUCCUCUUCCCACUCAACUCUUUCUCGUAGACUCUCUGAAACACUUUUAUACACUUGACCUUUGACCCCCCCCUCCCAACCAACCACGGACAACCCGCUCUUUCUCUCUCUCUCAGGCAGCGCUCACCCCAGCGCGAUCCACGACGAGUGUACCUGACUAAGUGUAUGGCGUGGCUGACUUGUGUCUCUCUCUCUCUCUCUCUCACUUCUGUCGUUGUUUUACUGUGCGAGGUUUGCAUGCUGCGAGAUCAACUUUGAUGCACUUUUAUGGGAAACGGACGGACGAUGAGAAAACAAUAAAGGAUAUUUUUCAAUAACAAAA